AUGGCAGAGGACAACAUCAUCAAUCGACGGGGCGGGGAGUCGCUCUUCCAGAACUGCAGCAACCUGAAAAAGCGGCUGGCUGAAGUCCCCGGGUUCGAACCACAUCUGGCCGAGAUGCAGGAGUUGGAUAGAGCCAGCGAAGAGAACGAUCCGGUUGCCUCGGUGUGGAAGUGUCUGCGGCAAGGGUACCCCUUGAUGACGAUCUACAAUGCCACCAAUCCCUCUGAGCCUCUCUCGAUCGAUGAGAACAAACUGCAGGAGAGGAAUCGGCCCAAGGCCGCGACCUUCAAGUUCCUCCAGGCUUGUCUGCAGGAGCUCAAUUUCCCGCAGCAGGAAUGCUUCCUCAUAACAGAUCUCUACGGCGACAGCACAACAGGUUUUGUCAAGGUAAUAAAAAUGGUCAAUCGAGUGAUAGAUAUACUCGAGCUGCAGGGCCAGCUAUACAAAGUCUCCCCGUCCACGUCUCUACCGGCCGAGGGAGGAAAGGCCAAGCUCACCCGGAGAGAACAUAUUUUGAAGGAGAUGCUCGAGACCGAACGAGACUACGUCCACCAUCUUCAAAACUUGCAGGCGCUGAAGAAAGAGCUCGACGAAACCGGUGCUCUCACCGGAGACACCAGCCAUCAGAUAUUCCUGAAUUUGAACAACCUACUCGACUUUGCCCAACGGUUCCUCAUCCGGAUGGAACAGCAUAACGCGCUCCCCGAAGAAGCCCAGAACUGGGGCGACCUCUACCUUACCCACCGCAAGGGGUUCCUCCAGUACGAGCCUUUUAUCGCCAAUCAGCUGCGCUGCGACCAGAUCUGCCAGAAGGAAUGGGAUAAGAUCCAUACCGCGCCUCGGUCGCCCGAUCUUCAACAGAUGGUCGCCCAGUUAUCAACCCUCAAUGGCUUCUUCGUCAAACCGUUCCAACGCCUCACCAAAUACCCCCUCAUGCUCAUGGAACUCCGGAAACAAACAGAGAACCCGGCGCUUGGUGCCGACAUUAGUGAGGCAAUUAACAUGAUUCAAUUAAUUCUAGAUAAUGCCAACCACGCAAUCGAUAAAGAGCACCUGGUUGCCGCAGUCGAAGACCUGUCGCAGCGAGUAGAGGAUUGGAAGGCCCUUAAGAUCGAGAAGUUCGGCGAUUUAUUACGAUACGGAACGUUCACCAUCUUGAAGGGCGAUAGUAGCAAAGACGCAGAAAGAGAGGUUCGUAUAAUUCUCUCCGACACAAAUGCACAAUCCACCCUGCUUGGAAGCCGCCGGAGCUCCUUCACCGGUUCAGUCAUCCACCUGCUCUCAGCAAACAGUCCGCGGAAUUGGAGCUGGAAACAACCCAAGGACCUCAAAUCUAUUUCCACAUUCUCUACACCAACACACGCCCACCCCUUGGAGCUCUUGACCCCUGAUCAUUCCGCAAGCACAAAAACCCUUGAAUUCAAUACCCCUUCGCCUGGACCUGGACAUGGAUCAUUCGAGAGCUGCAACACUUCGCCAUCCAAGUCCAGACGUUCUAUCUCAUCUAUUUUUUCCCUUUCAAAAAAUAGUAAACAGACGCUAUCCCCCACCACCUCUUCCAUGCCCCAGCAGAACCUCACCAAGGCCCUUUAUCACAUAUAUCUAUUCCAGAAUAUUCUUCUUUGCUGCAAAGACAUUUACCCUGCAAAGCAGAAGAGCAAGCUAAUGGGAAAGGAGAAAGUCAUCCCGAAUCCCAAAGUGAAACCAAAACUUCAGCUUAAAGGCAGAAUAUACAUGGCAAAUGUGACUGAAAUAUUAUCUCUUUCAAAACCAGGAUCGUACAAGAUACAAAUAUUCUGGAAAGGUGACCCGGGCGUUGUCGAUAACUUCGGUAUUCGCUACCGAGAUGAGGACACAAUGAAUAAAUGGUAUAAGGAUAUCGACGCGCAGCGGGCCCUUCAAUCAGACGACCGGCCUUCAUCCAGACAUCAUGGAACUUCAGAGACAGAAUUCACCUAUCUUAGGAAUACGCCAAAGCCUCCAAAUCCGUACCAGGAGGAGUAUAGCACAGAAGAAGAACAGUUAUCGAGAGAACCCACCAACACCUCCCUAUCCGAAUUCUCUACCUCACGGAAUGCUUCUAACACCAGCUUACGGGGACGUUCUGCUACAAACGGCAGCGGAGGCUCAGGCCACCACUCGGGCGGUCGGCCACAGUUCCCAAUUGCUAAUGCUCCGCUGACCGUGCAUACACAGUUUACCCCCGGAGCAGUAUCACCUAAUGAACGCAACGGGCCCUCCUACUUUUCGCCAACGGGCGAGGCACCGCCUUCGACCAGAUCUAGCUCUCAGUCGACAGCCUUUUCCUAUUCGCGUGGAGGAACCCCGUCGAAUGCAUGGACUGAAGCAGAACAGAACCGAUACACUGCCCCGGCCAUGCCUAGGUCAGGCUCUAGAGACGGAUCCGGAUCCAACCCGUACUUUAAUAAUGGUCCUCGCGGCGCCCAGCGGCCCUCACUCCCGCCCUUCUCUUCAAAUCAAAAUGGACAGCCUGGGUCCCAGUCACAGUCACAGGCACGAAUGAGAUCAGCAAGCAGUCCUGACAUUCACAACGGUGCAGUGCCGGACUCCCGCCGGUACAUGAACGGCGGACACACAAUGCAGACCGUAGAUAACGUCCCCGUACCCCCGAUACCCCCGCAUAUGGCGAACAUGCGAGCUCCCAUAAACCGGAGUCAGAACAGCUCUCCCACUGGAAACACCCUCUCCAUCCGCUCCGGCACUCAAUCACCGAACAUGCAACCACCACCCUCUCGCCAUGGCCAUGCUCACCCACCACCAAUAGGCUAUAAUUACGAGUCACAUAUUAUGAACGGUCAACCACAACUUCCUCCAACAUCCAUGCCACAAUCCUCUUCAUUCGACGACUCCGAUUCCCAAAUGCCCAGCCAGCUCAAGGCGAAAAUCAACUUUGACGAUAACUACGUCACUCUCGUGAUUGCAAGCAACAUACUUUUCCGCUCGCUCACGGACCGGGUUGAUGCCAAGCUAGCUCGGUUUACCGACCGGUCCAUCGGCGGCAACUCAGCACGUCUACGGUACCGAGACGAAGACGGUGACUUCGUAACGAUCGAUAGCGACGAAGCUGUUCAACUUGCCUUUAUGGAAUGGCGCGAACAACAUCAGAACUUACUUGCCACUGGUCAAGUUGGAGAAAUCCAACUAUUCUGCCAACCGGUGGAAAAUUGA